CUCUUCCUCCGAAGCCACCUAAACCCAUGACGUCAAUAACUGCCAAUGGAAUGAAAGAUAGUGGAAGCAUCUCUCUACAAGAUGCUGAAUGGUACUGGGGAGAUAUCUCUAGGGAAGAAGUGAAUGACAAGUUGCGUGACAUGCCAGAUGGUACAUUCCUUGUGCGGGAUGCUUCUACUAAGAUGCAGGGAGAUUAUACAUUGACCCUCAGGAAAGGAGGCAAUAACAAGCUAAUCAAAAUAUACCAUCGAGAUGGAAAAUAUGGCUUCUCUGACCCACUCACUUUUAAUUCCGUGGUGGAACUCAUUAACCAUUACAGGCAUGAGUCACUAGCCCAGUACAACCCAAAAUUGGACGUAAAAUUAAUGUAUCCCGUCUCUAAGUUCCAGCAGGAUCAAGUGGUGAAGGAAGACAAUAUUGAUGCUGUUGGCAAAAAACUGCAGGAAUAUCAUAACCAAUAUCAGGAUAAGAGUAAAGAAUAUGAUCGGCUUUAUGAAGAGUACACACGGACAUCGCAGGAAAUACAAAUGAAAAGAACUGCAAUUGAAGCUUUUAAUGAAACAAUUAAAAUAUUUGAAGAGCAGUGUCACACUCAAGAACGUUACAGCAAAGAAUAUAUCGAGAGAUUUCGGAGGGAAGGGAAUGAGAAGGAAAUUGAGCG